AGAAUGUGAACGAUUUGCAAGAAGAAUUGUUGAUAACAUGAAUGAUACUACUACUUGGUUAAUUAGAAUAAGUCCCAGUGAGGCCACAAAACUUGAGCAGGUGUAUUUCAAACCAUCGAUAAAAUAUAAUCGCCCAAUAGAUAUUAAUAAACUGCAACAAUCAAAGGGUACUACUAUUCGAUUUUUGCUUGCUCCUGGAGAAUGA